AUGGCUGGGUUGCGCCGGGCCCAGGAUAUAGAUCAGUGGAGACCAGAGGAACCGUCCAUCAGAGACAGAGACCGGGACCGCCACCGAGAGCGGAUUGUUGAGCCCAGGGCUGCGUCACCGGCGCCACGCGCUGCGAGGGACAGCUCCAGACGACGCACGCACGAAACCGACACUCGUUCAUCGACGAAGCACGCGAGGGACCGCUCGCGCGAAAGAAGCUUGAGCAGAGAGCGGACACGCCGUCGCAGCCGCGGGGAACCAAGGGACGACCGCUAUCGAACCUCACGAAGGGCACCCAGCUCAGACAGGGUUUCGCACUCGCACCGCCAUCACCACCACUCCCACCACCAUCGAGACACGACCCCCUCCUCCAAGCGACAUCGCACCCGCUCGCCAUCUCCGCAUCGAGACUCGCAUAAACGAAGCAGGCGCUACAGGAGUCGCAGCGCGGUUCGCUCGAGGUCGCGCACACGUCGUGCAGACUCAACCCACCGACAGACAGAUAGGGCAUAUUCACCUCGUCCCUCACGCUCUGACCGCGACCCACCUGCCCGACGCCCAACGCCGGACUCGUACAAGCCGGUCUUGACAUCCCGCCGCCGCUCGCCGUCAGUCGAGUCUUAUUAUAGGCCUGUCUCACAUCGAGAGCGGAAGAAGUCCGUUUCGCCAGACAGGAGGUCGCGGCGGGACCAGUCACCGAGGCGGCCCUCGCCAGGCAGACACCACAAGCGGCGCCGCACCCCGUCAGAAGAAGCCAGGGAAAGAAGGCAUCGGCCUUCUUCGGCCAGGAACCGAGAACGCAGCCGAAGUCGUCCAUCCCGACACGUCCGCUCUUCACCACGCAGGCGCUCACCAUCACCCGAACGGAGGAGAUCCCCGCACCGAGCCCGCUCCCCACGCGCAUCGAGCCGCCGUCGCUCCUCCCGUUCACCUCCCCACACAUCCCAACAUUCCAGAAGAUCAGACAAAGAGCACGAUACCGAUAAAACUGCGCCAGCAACCAGGACCACAUCCAGGAGAGGCUCACCGUUACCUGCAUCAGGCUACAACUCCGAUACAUCCAAGGGCAAAGAAGGGGACGCCAAGAUGAGGGGUGCUUAUCAUUAUCAAGGCCGCGGCGGAGCCCAUUAUUCCCACUCGCCGCCAUAUGCACCAGCGAACCAGUACUCGCCCCAAGGCCAGUCCCCAUAUCCGGGUGGAAGAGGAGGAUGGGGCGGCCAUCAGCAAUACCCCAACCAAGGUUCUCCAAUGCACGGUUACUCACCCAAUCAGUCUCCAUAUCAUCAGAAUUAUUCUCCCGGCCAUCAGGCGCCGUACAACUAUCCGAACCAAUCAUAUCCAGGCGGUCAGCCUGGUUUUCAAAACUCUCCCUAUCGAGGGGGCGGUUUCCGUGGCAAUCAUUAUAAUGGACCGGACAGGCGCAUGUCGGGACCCCCUUCGGCGCCCAGCUUCAUACCCGUAGCAGGUGGGCGAGGUCGUGGUGUUGCUGCUCCAACUCAAUAUUCCAAUCUUUCCUGGACUCCCACCUCUGGAACCAGGGGCGGUCGCCCGGCCACCGAGGCACCACGCCAUCCCGUUAGUUCCGCAGUGCAACAGACACAGACCACCCCAGCGACAGCUGACGCCCAAUCCUCUGCUGUGGACGCCGAUGAUAAUCCCUUUCGACCGUCAAAAGACCUCCGUGUGGAGGAUGAGGGCGCCAAGGAAGAGAAGAAGAUGCCACCUCCGACCAAGCUUCCAGUAACUCCAACGCAGCCGAAGUCAGGGUUCAGCUUCUCUCUCAAGACAAAGAACCCAAUACCUCCCACACCCAGCAAGGCUAAGCUGGGCCUGAUCCCAGACGAACAACCUGAACCGCCAGCAAAAGAAAAGGAGUCAAUUCUGGACCCGAAGGCAAAGGAGGCCGCGAAUCGAGAAUCGUCAAGGUAUCCGCCAGACUCUAAGAGCGACCGCGAUUAUAGAGACUCAGCGCGAGAUCGAGAUCGCGAUCGCGACCGUGAACGUGAACGUGAACGUGAGCGCGACCGCGAACGGGACUAUCGCGAGGCGGACCGUGGAUACGACAAAUACGGCAAGUACGAUAGCUACUACGACCGGAGGCCCGCAUACAGAGAUCCAAGAGAUAGAGACCCUCGCGAUAGAGAUCCUCGCGACAUCCGAGACCCCCGAGAUCCGAGCUACUAUCGUGAUAGAGAUUACCGAGAUCCUCGAGAUGUUCGUGAUCCGCGAGAUCCGCGCGACGUACGUGAGCGAGACCUACGAGACAUUCGCGAACGAGACACACGGGAUGUUCGGGACAUUCGGGAUACUCGCGACCCGCGCGACGUACGAGAUCCACGAGAUAUACGCGACGUUCGCGAUAGAGACCGCAGAGAUCCAUGGCCAGCCAGGCGCCCUGAGCCACGCCCUGACAGUCGUCCAGAUAGCCGGACAGAGCGACGGGAAGCCCCGCCUGAACCGCCCAAGACAAAGAUAAUCAGGAAGAAGCGCGAGAAGCCUCGUCCUACUCUUUCCUCAGAGUUUGCGGCGUCGGAGUCUGUAUAUUACCGGAAGCCAGGCAACGAGUCAGUAGUCGGAUCGGGCACAUAUGGAAAGGUUUUCAAGGGUGUCCAUGUCUAUACAAAGGACAUGGUUGCGCUGAAGAAGAUCAGAAUGGAGGGCGAACGCGAUGGCUUCCCUGUCACAGCCAUCCGUGAAAUCAAGCUCCUGCAGUCGCUCAACCAUGACAACAUUGUCAAGCUGCAAGAAGUCAUGGUGGAGAAGAACGAUUGCUUCAUGGUCUUCGAAUACCUAUCCCACGAUUUGACUGGUCUCUUGAACCAUCCUACCUUUAGGCUGGAGCAUGCACACAAGAAGGAUCUGGCGAAGCAGCUCUUCGAAGGGCUCGAUUACCUGCAUCGACGAGGUGUGCUCCACCGAGACAUCAAGGCCGCCAACAUCCUGGUCAGCAAUACCGGGCAGUUGAAACUCGCUGAUUUCGGCCUGGCGCGGUUCUACGCAAAGCGAGCCAAACUCGACUACACGAAUCGCGUCAUUACUAUCUGGUACCGCUCGCCCGAGUUGCUAUUGGGCGAAACGCAAUAUGGCCCUGCGGUCGAUAUCUGGUCGGCUGCAUGCGUCCUGGUGGAAAUAUUCACCAAGCAUGCCAUCUUCCCUGGCGAUGGGGGAGAGAUUAACCAGCUGGACAAGAUCUACAACGUGCUUGGGACGCCUACCAUUCAGGACUGGCCCGGCAUCGUCGAUAUGCAGUGGUUCGAACUACUCAGGCCGACUGAGCGGAGGCAGAGCACGUUCGCCGAGAAGUACAAGGACCGGGUGACACCGGCGGCUUUUGAGCUGCUGAGCGCGAUGUUUCUAUUUGAUCCAGCGGCGCGACCCGGCGCUUCUGAUGUGCUUGUGCAUCCGUACUUCACAACGGAAUCGCCUGCACCGAGACGAGCUGAGGCACUGAAAGAGCUAGAAGGCGACUGGCACGAAUUCGAAAGCAAAGCGCUACGGAAGGAGCGCGACAAGGAAGCGAGGAGAGCAGCUCGGGAAGAAUCGCAGCGGAAAGAAGGAGAGAAGCGUCGGGCUGAAUGUGCAGCAGAACCGGAGCGCGAAGCCAAACGAGUGCGCAGUGGCGAGGCGGCGAUGUGA